AUGGACUCCUCGAUACCAAUAUCCGACACGAUACCCCAUACGAACAUACUCGCCCGCCAGAUCAGUGAAGCACAGGUAGAAAAGGCAGCUAUUUUAGAGACAUUCGGCCGAGUCUCGCAACUUGCUUGGGUCGGCGCGGCCUUCCCUCCUAGAUCUGUUGCUAUAGUCCUACCUUUUGGUGCCCUUUUUUCGAACUUCGAUAUGAAGUGGCUCUAUGUUCCUGACAUUUUCUUGUUCCAACUGGGCUCCGUAAUCUGUGAUGUCACACCAAAAAAGAAUGCGCUCCUUGUCGGGAGAGUCAUUGCAGGAACGGGUCGGACCGGCAUAUAUAUUGGAGGGCUGGACAAUUUCUCGGCUCUCACAAGUCGAGAGGAGCGAGGAACUUACAUCACCGGCAUCAGUUUUGUUUGGGUUGCAUUCGCAUUGGCCAUUGUUUUUGCCGGCGGCGUUUGGCCUUGGGAAGACAGACGGACGAUCACGACAGUGGUGUGCUUUGAGGUUGUCCUCUUCCUUUACACAGCCCAUCGGUACUUUUUUUCUUCUCACAUCGCCGAGCACCAGGUCCUGUCCCGGUCAUUUUCUCAGGUCUCGGACCCAGAUUCUUCUCUACAUAGGAACGUCUUGCGCAAUUACCACACUUUUUGUUACCACGUACUGCAUCCCACUGUACUCCCAAUUUGUUGCCGGAGACGCACCUCUGAUGGCUGCCGUUCGACUGUUGCUAUUUUUGCUGAUCGCUAUAUCAGCCAAUCUAGCUUCUGGCUGGACGCUGUCCAAGAUCAAAUUCUGCACGCCGUUCUUUCUAAUAUAGGUAUCUCCAUCAUACUAGGUGGUGCACUUUUGUGCGCCUAUCUUGAAUCUUUGACUUCAGCAGACAAGGUCUAUAGCUUCACAAUUCUCACGGCUAUGGGCACAGGUUUGGCUUUGCAGCUCGGAUAUGCAGUCGCGAACACUGAAGGUUGA